AUGCACCUCCCCCAACAUGUCCACCCCGUCCUCACCCACCCUCUCCCUCGAAAUAUAUAUUUCCAUGCACCUCCCCCAACAGGUCCACCACCCCUUCCCCCCGUCCUCCCCCCCAUCCCUAUCCCCAUCGGCCCCUGGGGGCUGCCCCCCGAUCUCCUCGCUGCCCGGCGCCCUCCCCUGAGCCCCCGGGACGAUCACGUGACUGCCACCGGGCGCCCCCCUCCCGCGUCGCCCUCCCUAAGCCCCCGCGCCCCCGGCGGCCCCCCCCCGCGGGACGAUCACGUGACUCCAAAAAAGCGCCCGAGUUCCCGCGUCCUCCCCGCGCCCUCUCCGUGCCCGACUUGGGCCACCAACUGGUUCGGGGCCUUGGGGCAGCGCGUCGGCCGCCCGCCCCUAUCCCCUCCAGGGCCCCCCCGCGGUCGGCCCCCCGGAACGGUCACGGGACUGCCCCCGGGGCGCCCCCUCCCGCGUCGCCCGCCCCUAAGCCCCCCGGAACGAUCGCGGGUUGCCCCCGGCGCGCCAUUCGCGUGCCCAAGUCCGCGCGUCCGCCAACUGGCGUCAUCCCCGGGCGAGGGCCGCACCCACGAGGGGUUCCCUCCCGCGCCCCCUCCAAGCGCCCGGCGCUGCCGAGCCCGUUGA